GCAUGACGUCACUUUUCGAACUGUCGGCACGCUUGUUGUUUUGCCUCUGUACAAGCUCUGACCUUGGGUCACAAAUUGUCCGAAUACCUCCCGUAUUUGACUUCUUCCAACCUCUAAAAUGAUCUAGUCGGAUUUAUAGAGGAAGCUGCUAUAUGCUGAGCUAAUCAGUUUCGCUUUUGUAUCUCAGGUGAGACAAUGUUUCGACUAUGUGUUGUUGGAAGUGGUGGUGUUGGAAAAAGCUCAGUCACAAUUCGUUAUUUGAAGAAUGAGUUCACUGAGUAUUAUGACCCAACUUUAGAAGAGACAUAUCGGGCUCAGAUUGACUAUUGUGGCAAACUCUACGACAUUGAAGUAGUGGAUACUGCUGGCCAAGAAGAGUACACUUCCUUUCGUGACUCCUCACUGGCCACAGGAGAUGCUUUCUUGGUAUUAUUUGCUAUUAAUUCAGCAUCAAGCUGGAAUGAGUUGAAAGACUUAAGGGGCAAGAUAAUUAGGGAGCAUGAGGAGUCAAACACUACUUGUACCAUUCCCAUGGUCAUCGUUGGCAAUAAAAUGGACUUGGAAGAAGAAAGAGAAACUAAUAGAGAGGAAGUCAUGGAAUACUGUAAUUCUGUGCUGAUACCUUUUAUAGAAACUUCCGCCAAGACUGGUCUUAAUGUCCGUGAAAGUUUCCAGCUAAUGAUGCAACAAAUUCAAAAGAUAAACCCAGCAUUAUUAGAAAGGACAAUUCCCAAGAAUGCCAGUGAAAAUGGCAAGAAAAAGGAUUGCUCUAUACUAUAGUCUCAAAACAAACAGAAAGAAAAAGAGGUUGAUAGUUCAAUCAGAUAAUGCUCACAAGGCAGAUAGUCGUACUUAGAUGUUCACGUUCAUGUUCAAACAUAGUAAAAACGUGUCAAAAACAAUUAGUAUUGUUAAUGACAUUAUUUAAUAUAACAAGAGAGGAUCAGUACUUCCAAGGUUUAGAGUCUAAACACAAGGGAUUGGUACUGCUGUAUCAGGCAAUUUGAAAGAAAACUGAAGAGAUCAUAGAACACCCUGUAUAGCCUCAUAAUAUAUUUUUCCCUCAUUUGAUAUGCAGACAAGUAUCCCUGCACCGAUGUCUUUAGAGCACUGCCCUCCCCUUGAGAAAACCCCCUUCAUUUAUAUCCCCACUAUCAAAACGAAGUGGCUCAUGUUUAAUGUGCUAUAUGCCCAUGAAAGUGUGAAAUGGAUAGCAAUGUGAUGAACUGAGACAACACUAAAGAAUUAAAGGUGCUGCAGUUGGUUAA